UCUCCUGUUUUUAGGAACCUUUGACCUUUCAAUGAAAAACCACAACCAUCCAUAAUCCCCACCAACAACAAUAAUUAACAAAAAAAUCUAAAAAAAAGAAUAACAAACAAACACCAAUCAUCAAUUCCCUUUUCUCUAUUUUCUCUCGAUUCUUAAACCAUCUCUCAACAAAUCUAUCAAACCUUGCAUGUAACCCACUUUCUUCCAUUUCAGUUAAAAAACAAAAAACCCCCCACCAAACCAAAACCAAAACCGAAUCCAACUUAUUCUUUGUUUUUGUUUUUUUUUCAUGUUCUAAUUGUGGAAUUUUGAUUCAGCUUUAGGCUCCUUUUGUCCUUUGUUCUUUUUCUAUGAACUUUGUUUUUUCAGGUCAGUCAAGAUUGCUGGUUUGUUCUCUCUCGUUUAUUCUAUCAAAAGAUUCAUCAAAAAGCUGAAGAUGGUACGAGAAAUGGAACAAGAUGAAGAGAAUUACAGGUCCAAAUUGUUCCAUUUCAAAGCAAUGCAGGAGAAUAAUAAUGCAACCAAACACUCCAAAAGCUUGAGCAUGGAGAGUGCAAGUGUCCUGUUUUCUUCAGAUAAUAAUGAUUUGUUUUCCAACAGAAGUCAGGGAUCGACUCCGACAAGCGAUAACGUUUCCGACAAACCUCCAAUGAAUCGACAAGACAAAGGGCCUAAAGCUAAGCUUUCCAGAGAUGAUGCUGCAAUCAAACAGCCUAAAGAUCAGCCACCAACAGAAACAGAACAGAUGAAGGAGCGGUUUGCUAAGUUGCUUUUGGGUGAAGAUAUGUCUGGUGGAGGAAAGGGUGUUUCAUCGGCUUUAGCAUUGUCGAAUGCAAUUACAAAUCUUGCAGCUUCUGUGUUUGGGGAACAAUGGCGUCUUGAGCCGAUGUCAGUAGAGCGAAAAGCAAGGUGGAGAAAAGAGAUUGAUUUGCUAUUAUCAGUCACUGAUUACAUAGUUGAAUUUGUUCCUUCCCAACAGAAAUCUAAGGAUGGAACAAACAUGGAGAUCAUGGUUACCCGUCAACGCAACGAUCUUCACAUGAACAUCCCAGCACUGCGGAAGCUUGAUGCGAUGCUUAUUGAUUGUUUGGAUAAUUUUAAGGACCAAUCCGAGUUCUACUACGUAUCCAGAGAUUCUAAUGAGUCAAAUAAAGACAAUGCUUCAAAACGAAAAGAUGACAAAUGGUGGCUGCCUACUCCCAAAGUUCCUACAAAUGGUUUAUCUGAAAACUCAAGGAAAUUUAUGCAGUAUCAAAAGGAUUGUGUAAACCAAGUCCUUAAGGCAGCCAUGGCUAUAAAUGCACAAGUUCUAUCAGAAAUGGAGAUCCCAGAAAACUACAUUGAAUCAUUGCCUAAGAAUGGGAGGGAAAGCCUUGGAGACUCUAUCUACAGAAACAUAACGGUUGAAUUCUUUGACCCGGAUCAGUUUCUGUCUACCAUGGAUUUAUCUUCAGAGCACAAAAUCCUAGAUCUAAAGGAUAGAAUUGAGGCUUCCAUUGUGAUAUGGAAGAGGAAAAUGAACCAGAAAGAUGGAAAAUCUGCUUGGGGCUCAGCUGUAAGCUUGGAGAAGCGAGAGCUUUUUGAGGAGAGAGCGGAAACAAUUUUACUCAUCCUUAAACAUCGUUUCCCAGGCACUCCUCAAUCGGCAUUAGACAUUAGCAAAAUCCAAUACAAUCGGGAUGUUGGACAAGCUGUUCUAGAGAGUUACUCCAGAAUCCUUGAAAGCUUGGCCUUCACAGUGAUGUCAAGGAUUGAGGAUGUGCUCUAUGCAGAUUACGUUACUCAAAAUCCUUCACAAGCAUCAGGUAAGAAGAACCCUUCACGGGAAACCCCAGUAUCAUCAGGGACGGAUAAGUUUCCACCUGGAGAAGAGACACAAAAUGCUGCAGAGACACCUACUUCGAUGACACUAUUGGAUUUCAUGAAUUGGGGUCCAGAUAUUGCUGAUAGUGAGGCAAAGAAGGAGUCACCCCCAGCGAAUUCUGAUAACUUACCAACAGAAGGUGAAGUGAAGCAUGUGCACAAGCUUCAAAACAUAGUGACCAAUAACAAAUUGGUCUCGUACCUUGAGAACAUCGGUGGUUUGAAAAGCCCCACGGCACGACAUUGACUCGAGAAGAGAGGGCAUAACAGAAGAACACAGUUAAAAGCUCAACCUCCUUUUGACCGAGUUUUUCUUUAGAGCUGUAAUUAUCAAGUCCAUUCAAUUCAUUCCUGUUGUAAAUAUAAAGGAUGAGCACAAUUCAUUUGGUUUUGGAGAAUUUUUAAUAUGGUUCUUCUGCAGCAGGGGUAUCUAUUAGUCAAUUUUGUUAGAAAGAGUUAGUCUUUUUAACCCAUAUCUUUA